UAUAUAUAUAAAGAAAACGUUCCACACGAGUGCGUGUCCGCUCCAGACCAGACCCCCAUUCAAACCCAAACUCCAACUCGAGUCUCAAGAUCCCAAUCCCAUCCCAUUUCCCGGAUCAAUCGCCGCGCAAGCCCAAGCAGAUCCGCCGGCGAGCGAGCGCGCGGCGCGCGGGGGCAAGGGCAAUGGGCGUCGUCUCGGCAGCGGCGGACGCGCUUGUCGCGGUUUUCUCCCUGACCAUCGCCGUCGCGGCGCCGCUGAUCGACGCGCAGUCCGUCCUCCCGCACACCCUCUACCCGGCGCCGCUCCUGGAACUCAAGCGCUGGUACGCCGCCGAGUUCGGCGACUACCUCGUCGCCCAGCCCCCCGCCUUCUUCCGCGGCCUCGUCUGCCUCGAGCUCUCCUUCCAGUGGCCGCUCGCCGUCGCCACGCUCUACGGCAUCCUCACCCGCCGCCGCUGGGCCGCCACAACCUCCCUCAUGGCCGGCGUCGCUACCCUCACAUCCAUGUCUGCAGUUCUUGGUGAGAUUUUGGGUUCAGGCAAAGCAACACCAAAGUUACUUCAGAUGUAUGCUCCUUUUGCCGUUUUUGCUGUCAUUGCCAUUCUACGUGGACUUUGCUCAUGCUCUGGGCGCACUACUGCUGGUUCAUCCCUUGGGCCUUCUGCCCGGAAGAAGAGGGUCUAGAUCAGGGACACUUGGAGAAUUUUUUGGUUUCAGACAGAGUGUCGCCAAGAUUUUGUGAGGAUCAGGUUCCCAUCCCCGGUAUUUUAGCAUAUAUGUUGAAAAGCCAGAUAAUAUUAGUGGCAAUUUCUCUAGGAUGUGUUUGAUUCCCUGAAAUGUGAUAUUUAUGUUGCUUUUAUUUUCUUCCCCCCUUAGAUUAUGUUUUGCUAACUAAGACAUUGUUUUGUUUACUUGAUGAGCUGAUUCAACUCUGGCAUUGUUUCAUAAAUCCUUGUUCUUUGUGGUCCUAAUUACAGAAAAUUCUAUGUUUUAUGGCA